AUUGUGCUCCGAGCCGCCGCCAGCGCCAGCCGCAGCAGCUCCGGCUCCUCCUGCGCCCGCCCGCCUGCCCGCCCUCCAUCCCUCCCUCCCUCCCUCCCGCACGGCAGCCGCGCUCGCCCAGCGGACGGGGUGUAAGGCAGCGACGUCGGCAGGAGCAUGGCCCGUACCAAGCAGACCGCCCGCAAGUCCACCGGUGGCAAGGCGCCCCGCAAGCAGCUCGCCACCAAAGCCGCCCGCAAGAGCGCGCCCUCCACUGGCGGGGUGAAGAAGCCGCACCGCUACAGGCCGGGUACUGUGGCUCUGCGUGAAAUCAGGCGCUAUCAAAAGUCCACCGAACUUUUGAUCCGCAAACUUCCCUUCCAGCGUCUGGUGCGUGAAAUUGCUCAGGACUUCAAGACAGAUCUGCGCUUCCAGAGCGCUGCCAUCGGUGCUUUGCAGGAGGCAAGUGAAGCCUACUUGGUUGGCCUGUUUGAAGACACCAACCUGUGUGCUAUCCAUGCCAAACGUGUCACAAUCAUGCCAAAAGAUAUCCAGCUAGCACGCCGCAUACGUGGGGAGCGUGCCUAAAACCUCACCACGAUGGGUUUGUCAUUCUCGAAGCAAAAUCUUCUUCCUGUUAUUGGUAGUAAUGAACGUUAGAUAUUUUUUCCAUGGGGUUAAAAGGUACCUUAAGUAUAUGGUUGCAAGUGGAAAAAUAGGGGACAGAAUUGGGUAUUGGCAAGUUUUCUUUCCAUUUUCAUUUGUGUGUGGAUUUUUAAUAUAAACAAGGGGACAUAAAAACAAACAAUGUGGUCAAAAAAUAAAAACAUGAAUUGUUGAAACUUGUUCACCAAAACAACUUUAUAAAAAAAAUAAAUAAACCUGACAAAUUUUUCUGGACAAUGCCAGCAUUUGGAUUUUUUUAAACAAGUAAAUUUCUUAUCAAUGGCAACUAAAUGGUGUUUGUAGCAUUUUUAUCAUACAGUAGAUUCCAUCCACUCACUAUACUUUUCUAACUGAGUUGUCCUACAUGCAAGUACAUGUUUUUAAUGUUGUCUGUCUUCUGUGCUGUUCCUGUAAGUUUGCUAUUAAAAUACAUUAAAUGA